AUGACGACGUAUAGCCAGCCUGGUGGGAAGCGGCAAAAAGUGAAGGAGGGCAGAUCAGCAGAUUCUGGAGACUAUUUUCAAGGAAUAGAGAAAAUCGAGUACAACAAUGCAGCAGCAGCAACUGAAACUUUGAGUUACCGAUACUACAAUGCAGCAGAGCGAGUCCACGCCAAGACCAUGGAAGAUUGGCUCAAGUACAGCCUUUCAUUGACGGAGUUCAGAAAUGCAAACGCAGAACAUCCAAAAAUAAGCAACCACCGCCCGUGGGACGACAAUUCCCACUCGAUGGACAACUAUAAACGUUGCAUCAAGGCGUUCUUCGAUCUCUGUGUCAAACUGGGCAUCAAAUACUGGACCGCGUUUGACUCCGACCUGCUACCGUUGAGUGACAGUUGGGAUGAGAAUAAGACGAACUGGGAUGAUAUUGUUGAAUACAUUCACGAGUUGGGACAAAGAUAUCACGUGAAGUUGCUGUGGUUGGCAGCAGAUUUGCAUAUACACCCACGUUUUUCCACUGGAGCGAUCACCAGCAACGACGCUAAUACCUUUGCCCAAGCGGCGUCACAGAUCAAAAAAUGUCUCGAAGUUACACAUCGCUUGAACGGCGAGUGUUUCCUGAUCUGGCCACACCGUGAGGGAUAUGAUGCUAUCUUCCAAUCCGAUGUUGCGCGAGAGUUAAAAGUAUUCGUUAAACUCCUAAAAAUAACCGCCGAAUACAAGGAUCGUCUGAACUCCAAAAUACAGUUAUUGGUAAUGCCGUAUCAGUCAGCUCAGCGAAAAUGGAGGGAGAGCGACUUGGUUCAUUACUACAUGUGGGAUAUAACGAGCUGUCUGUUCUUCCUGAAGAAUUAUGGCUUGGAACGUCAGUACAAGGUGUGUUCGCCGCCUGGGCAUCAUAUGUAUAUGGCGAAUGUGUACAAUAUGUUGGGAGGAGUGACAGUUACAAACGACUUCGACUUGUCCAAUACUAAAUCUGUCACAUUGAUGAUGAAAAGCAUUAUAGAUCAGAACUCCAUACCAGUGGGCGGCAUUAACUUUAAGCUGUCAGUGUCUCGUGACAGCGAGCUUCGUGACCUGGUGGUGUGUUAUGUCAAGUACAUAGACAGCAUCGCGAAAGGACUACGGAUUGCUGCCAACAUCGUUGCAGAACAGAUUUUUUCAAAACAAGUUCAGCAACGUUAUAUAUCGUACUAUAGCGGAUUCGGAUCGCGUGUGAUCAGCAGCGAUGUGACUUUGGAAGAAUGUGAAGAAUAUUACAAAAAGAAUCAAGCCCACGAAGGCGUGGCCACGAAACGCGAACAUUUCGACUUCGUUUUCCAGAGGUACCUGGACACCUGCGAUCACAUUUGA